AUGUCGAUUCUGCAGUCUCCAAGGAAACGACUGACUCUCUCAGGAAUCUGCGAGUUCAUAAUGAACCGAUUUCCCUACUUCAGAGAGAAGUUUCCAGCCUGGCAAAACAGUAUCCGACACAAUCUAUCUCUUAACGACUGCUUUGUCAAGAUCCCGCGUGAGCCAGGAAAUCCGGGCAAGGGUAACUACUGGACACUGGACCCCGCAAGCGAGGACAUGUUUGAUAACGGGAGCUUCCUCAGAAGACGAAAACGUUACAAGAGAUCGAAUCACAUGGACAUGCUGGGUCAGAAUCCAGCUUUUAUGUCUGCGGCUGAUUCCUACUUCCAUCAUCACGGGUUCUUGAACCCACACGCUUCUCAUGCCGGACCUUUUAACCAUACCCAUGGACCAAUAAGUUACUCAUUUAUCCCUUCGGGCUUAUCUCAUCCCUUAUCCAUUAUGCAGAGUGAGUAUGCCGCCCGCGCUCAUCAUCCUCAACCAGGACCUCCUCAUUUUCACCUUCCUUUAGGGCCUGUCGGACUUCCGUCUUUACCUCCCACGCCCCUAGGCCCACUCGCUUUUCAUAGAAAUCCCAACAGCCAAAUUCGUCACCUGGAGAAAAGAGACGCUCUGGAUAACCCGAUAGGUAGCACUGCAUCCAUUCCCUCCUCACCCCCGGCUUCUCCUUUGUCUUCGCCCUCCCCAUCAGCAUCAUCCCCACCUGUAAACACCACCAAACCAUCAUCAUCUUUAUACUCCAAUACAACACAAGCAGCAACGUCAAACAAGCCGAAAAAAGGCUUUACGAUAGAAAACAUAAUUGGAACAUCCUCAACGAACAUCUCAUCAUCUCAGCCCGUGUGCUCUUCGCCGUCUGUGAAGACGGAAUCCAAAACAUUGACUAACUCACUGCCGUCCUCAGCGGCAUCAGUAUUACCACCACUCUCAUCCGCGACUGCCGCAGCUGCAGCAGCAGCCUUGUUGCCCGCGUAUAGAGCAGGAUUGGCCGGAUUGAGUCUAACAUCGCCAUCUUUGUCAUCCUUGUCAUCGCUGCAAGCUUUUAGAGCAGGGGCCUGGGACAUGGCUGGGCGUGGUGGUUCGGCCGGUAGCGCAUUUGCCUCCCCGUUUGCAGGUGCACUGACUGGGUUAACCCCUCUAGACUUUGAGAAAUACAGACAAUAUAUGCAGGCGUGUGCCAUAACCGGCUGGCCAAGGUGA